AUGACGGCUGUGGCGCCAGUUUCCAGCCAUGAUGUCCACCCUCUGCUACGACACCCGCGCCCAAUCACAAGGGACUCUGCCAAAGCUCAGCGCAUGCUGGGACUGAUCGCUGACACGGAAGAGAAAUCAAAUGGAUUACAUCGUGCACAGUCUAAGACCACAAAAUGGUUAGAACGACCUUUCUACGCUCAUCAGGACGUAUCAGAUAUCGAAUCUGGAAAAGAGGAGGAAGACUUCGAGAAGAGACCUGGUGCGGCCGUUGACGGCAGAAACGUUGACAAGAAGGACGCGCAUCUGUUGGAGCAUUGGGCCGACCGACCCACAUCUUUUAGCUCCGAGGAUGCCGUACGAAAUUCACUCAAGCCCAAGACAAAGCUGGAUGCCUCGUUCAACAAGCCACGUCCCGGGCCGCUCACAAACUUGCGCCCUGUUUCCUAUACUUCGCAACAUUUGUUGACGCCUGAUUGGACGGCGUCGCCAGCUACCAUGCAUCCAAACAGCUAUCGACGGCCGAAUUCACUACAGCCCGCUAGCCCAAGCAUGCACAGGAGCAGCUUUUCGUCUAGCAGCAGUAACUCAGACUCAAUGCCACAAUUUUCGCACCCACAGACAUGGCCAGUUCAACAGCCACAUCAACAACGGACAGAUGGCCAGAGAGGACGACCAGCUUCGUAUCAACCGCCCAGCGCAAUGUCACGGGACGGCAGUUAUUCUCCACUUGGUGGCUCUCACGUGAACGACUCACGCCCUCGUCCAACCUCCUUCGCGACAUACCACCAUCGCGAACGCAGGAAGAGUAAGAUCGCAUCAUCUAGAGGACUACGUAACAAUAGUUACCCCAACUUUUCACGCCCAAUCUCAGAGGCGGGUCCAACAGCAGCACCUGAACAGCAUGACGCGACCUACAAUCGCUUGACUGAGUGUGAAGUUGGUCCUCCCUCGCCGUCUUUCCCAGUUCGUGCAAUCCUGGAUGGCUUUGAUAAUGGCAAGAGCAAUGACGACAAGAAACCAAAGAAGAGGUGGUCAGCGAUUCCAGAGUCGAUUAAGAAGUUCACGACGAGUAGACGAUCUUCUGGCACCACACAGGAUCCACCAACACCAGAGACGACGAUGGAGGCUCUCCGUCGAAUGAAUCUAACAGAAGAUAAUUUGACGAGAUACCAAGGCGAGGUCAAACGCACUUCAGUACCACCAUCAAGGGCAUCGACUCUUGGUGUGAACCUCCUUCCAACACCGACACACUCACCCCUGGAACUCAAGCACACCAUGUUAGACCAAAGUCUGCCACCGCCAUUUGCACCUUGGGCAGAUGAACCGCUCAGCCCAACAGUGUCUUCCCAAGAGCAGCGCGACAACUCACUGUCACCAUCGAAGAAAGGAAUUCGAUCACGAUUGUCAGUUGAUAAUUUCAAGAGAAGGCGCCCUGAGUCCAUGCAGUCACACUCCCGUAAGAGCAGUCUCGGUAUGCCAUCGCCCACCACCCUCGCCCCGCCACCCCAUACACCAACACACGCACCGACGAGCCCCAGGCCUACAUCGCGCAGAGGAGCCACACCAUCUUUGGAACGAGCUUGCAUUAUUUGUAAGACUUCUCAGGAUCUCUCGGCAUUUAUCAAUCAUCAGAUAUCCGGCAACUGCUGGCACGAGCCUGCAACCUGCAUUCAGUGCCUCAAGUCACACAUUGAACGGUGCGUCACCGCACAGGGGUGGGAUCACUGUAAUUGUCCAGAGUGUGGAGAGUUGAUAAGCUACGAUGACAUGGCUGCUUUUGCCGAGGAUGGCAUUGUGAAGUGGGAGGACUGA